ACACUUCUUUCUCUUUGCAAGGCAUUGCAGCGACUACCCUAACUAUGGCGCCCACCCCGAGGUCGAAGCUUCUCAUCUAAACAAACCAGGGGGCUCCUGGAUCGUUGUCUCUGCCCUCGAAAGGCGGGACCACAUUUAUAAGCAAAUCAACGAGUACCUCCUCCGCUAAGACCUUCCCCCCGUUGGGCGGAGCUGCACCUCUCCGUUAACUGCUGUACAGUGUCUGAUUCUGCACCUCCUACUGCUUCGCCGGAGGCUUCGUGACAGGCGGAGGUCGAUCUUACUGUGCAGGCAGAUCUUAUCCUCUCGGCUGGCGAGCCAAGCUGUACCGGGCCGGAAGGGUGGACAUCCCGCAUACACCCUUGCAGUUAUUAUUUCGCGUCCCUGACAUCACUUGACUCCAGCACACCCAUCUGUUUUUUGAGGAGAUCUUCCCCCAUGGGAUUUAACCGGAGGUACCUGAGCGUUGGAUAUGCCGCCGUGGGAAUAGCGGUGGGCUUCUCCGCCUUCCUCGCCUGGAACAUAGCCUUCAAACAGCCGUGGACAGCAGCGAUGGGGGGCUUGUCAGGGGUCCUGGCUCUGUGGGCACUGAUCACACACAUCAUGUAUAUCCAGGAUUACUGGCGAACAUGGCUGAAGGGCCUCAAGUUCUUCUUCUUCAUCGGGGUUCUGUUUUCUGUCUUUGCUGUGGUGGCCUUCAUCAGCUUCCUCACUAUUGCCAUCACCAAGCACCAGAGAAUUACAGAUCCAGCAAGCUACUACCUGUCUUGUGUGUGGAGCUUCAUCUCCCUGAAAUGGUCCUUCCUCCUGGCACUCUAUGCCCAUCGGUAUCGCAAGGAGUUUGCUGACAUCAGCAUCCUGAGUGACUUCUGAACGUUUACUAUUUUUUGGAAAGUGACAGCCCCCCCGCCACACCAAGAGGCAUAAGCUGUCAAAUUGGAGAAGGUGAUUGGACUGGCAGCAGAUUUAAUUCUUUUACGUACUUUAAGGUUUUUAAACAGCACGAACAGUAGCAGGUGCCAUCACUCUGUGGAGGUGGGCACAGGAGGCACAAGCAAUGGCAUGAGACUGAGUAAGGACAGAACUGAAGAGCACUAGGUGGUGCCAUGGUGGAUCUGUUCAGUUUCACUUUGCUCCUCCAGUCCUAGUCUAGACAUCUCUUCCCUUUUCGUGUCACCAUAAUUGACAUUAUAAACCUCAUUUUGCUGUCACCCCCAUUGAGAUUGUGCAGAGAGGUCCAUAUGGGAGGGGGGGGUCAGAUCAACCAGCUCCUGAACCCAGAAGACACGUUUGAUAUUGUAUUCUAACAUUUGCAUAUCUAUAUCAAGAAGCCAGCUGGAACUUCAAAUCCAAAUGAAAAUCCAGAAUCCUCAAUUUCCAUGGAACCAACGCCAAGAUAGAGAAUAACAGUAAUGGCGACCAAAUGUUUACAAAAUUUGAUUCCCUUGUCUUCUGACAGAGAUCAAGGAACCUGUGUAACCCCGUCUUGCCCAAAAUCCUGACUAAUGAGGACAAUGAGAAAAAUGGCAGCAGAAUGUUACCUUAAGUACUUUUCAGAUGGAUUACUAAAAAACAAAAUGGGAAGGAUUCCAGCCUGGGUCAGGCAGAUGCUCUGCUAUUCCCAGUAUGGACAUUUGGUCUUCUAUGUAUCCAGCAAGGGGCGCUAUUGGGAAUCAUCCAGUUUGAUCCAAUACACAUGAAGUAGAAACAGAAGCUUAUUAAAAUACACUCCUCCUCCUCACCCCACCCACUACAGACAGAAAAGCAGUGAGUGGGUGGGGCUAGGCUAAUGAGCUGGAACCUCAUAAGCCACUCCCCUUUUUUUUUUUUCAGUCUUUAGUGGGUGGGGAUAGGCUAAUGAGCUGUAACCUCACAAGCCACUCCCUUUUUCCCAGUCUUUAGUGGGUGGGGAUAUGCUAAUGCGCUGUAACCUCACAAGCCACUCUCUUUUUUUCAGUCUUUAGUGGGUGGGGACUGUAAAGGCUUAUAAGGGAUUUAAGAAUUGAGACAAGGCCAUCAGGCACUGUGAUGCUUACUUUAUAUGAAAGUUGCAUAACCAGAGAUCCUACAUUUUCAUUUUGUAGGAAUUUCAAAAAUGGAUCAUCAUCAGAAUUAAUGUAGAACCAGUUUGAAAAAGUAGGCCCCAGGGUCAUGUGUCUAUUUUCAUAAUCCAUUAAAGGACAUGGGUUCAAACCCUGGCUUCAUUUCUUUGUAAAACUUGCACAUUCUCCCCAUUUUAGGGCAACUUACAUUACUAACUGGCACUGCGUGAUUCUACCGUGCCGCCAUGUCUAGACUUGGUCCCUGCAUUUUGUACCGUGUUGCCAGAAUAAGCUUCAAAUUUUUGUGAUCAUGAAAAAUUAAAGGAAACCCUUGCUGGCUGGAUAGUGGUCCACGAUAUUCAUGGGGUGUCGUUUACAUUUCAUGUUUCAGUGUAGAAAUACCCGUCUUAAUUUGGGCAUCACAAUGGCAGUCCCACAAGGAUCCUGCCUGUAAUGCUGGCAAUAGGAUGAGUGGUUCAAAAUAACCAGGCUGCACAGCAUGAAGGGCGUGUAGAUUUGGUAGCUUGUUUGAUUGAUGCCCGUACCUUGGCAGAGGAAUUUGUAAUGACUGUAUGUUUAGCAGAGGCCUCCAUCCAAGGGGCUUUACAAGUUACAGUUGGACCCAAGCAAAUAGAGGUCACAUAGGAGGACUGAUAUGGCAGCCUUAAGGUGUUUCAGUCCAAAGCCCUAAGCACUAAUUCAUAAAGUCUGGCAACUCCCCAAUUCUGUGGAUAAUGAGAGAGCAGUCGGGUACAAGUGAAGGGGGUAUCUUCCAAAAAAAAAAGUUUUCUUCCAUCACUGUGAAAGGCGCUAUAUAAACCUGAGAUUAAAAAUGCAGCCAACAUAAAGAUCUGGCUGUUCAUUUGUAUUAUUGUAUACUCUCUGAAGUAAGGAUAAUGUCUUUAUGAACUUUGUGUUUUUUUGCCCAUUAAAGUGAUAUUUUUAAAAUUCCAACAACUGGAAAUUUUAAAUAAAAAGAAAAUACUAAUCAGUCAAA